AUGUUAGCCAGAAGCCCUUCACAGCAACGACGUAACAAUAGAAACCAAGGUCAAAGAGCUGGUGACAUUGGAUCGGACGACGCAGAAAGUGUCCAGCAGCGUUAUUAUCCAUCCGAUAUGGACAACGACAAUGACGCAGAAUCACAAGUUUCUGAAACGCCUUCGCAAACUAGCAGCCGCGCAAGACGAAGUCGACGUAAUCAGCGAAGAAGAGCACAAGCCCAGCGACGAUCUGGCGGCGGCGGUGGUGCAGUCCCACAAUUGGAUGAACCUGGAGGAACGCUCGACAAUGUUGGUGAUACGGUUGGUGACACAGUGGAUACCGUUGGAGACACGGUUGGAAAUACUGCAAAUCAGGUCGGCAACGCAGCGACAGGAGCCGUGAACAAGGCUGCAAGUGGUGGCGGCGACGAUAAUCCAUUGAAACUACGUUUGGAUUUGAAUCUCGAUGUCGAGAUCGAGCUCAAGGCAAGAGUACACGGUGAUGUUACUCUUGCUUUGUUGAGAUAG